AUGACCUAUGGGAAUUGUAGUUUGUCUUCUCGAGCGUCCUGCUGACCUAGUCUAACGUUACACUACGUCUCCCAGGGAGCAUUGCGCCCACUGUUGUUGUGGACGAGGCUGCGCCGGUCCCUGGGUGACAGGGCAGGAUGGAGGCCGGUUUUGCAAGUUAUGAAAAUCAGUUUAUUGAAUCAGAUUACCUGGAACUAGAAGAACUCCCAGACACUGAUGAACCUGUUUACAUUUUAGGAAAACAAUAUGACAUUAAAACAGACAAAUGUGAUCUGCUCUCAGACAUUACCUCCCGUUUGUGGUUUACAUAUAGAAAGAAAUUUUCCCCUAUAGGAGGAACAGGGCCUUCGUCUGAUGCUGGCUGGGGGUGUAUGCUGAGGUGUGGACAAAUGAUGCUGGCACAGGCCUUAACCUGUCAGCAUUUAGGCAGAGAUUGGAGAUGGGAGAAGCAUAAAAAACAGCCAGAAGAAUAUUACCAAAUCCUACAAUGUUUUCUGGACAGAAAAAAUAGUUGUUAUUCUAUUCAUCAAAUGGCACAGAUGGGAGUUGGAGAAGGAAAGUCUAUAGGAGAAUGGUUUGGACCAAAUACUGUGGCUCAGGUUUUGAAGAAACUCGCUCUGUUUGAUGAGUGGAAUUCCUUGGCUGUGUAUGUUUCAAUGGAUAACACUGUGGUCAUUGAAGAUAUAAGGAAAAUGUGCCGAUAUCACCCUCACACCUGGAGCACAAUGCAGAGCGAAUCUUACACACACCAAAGUGCUUGGAGCAGAGGUAGAGACACAUCGGAGCAGUGUUCUGUGUGGAGGCCGUUGCUGCUAGUUGUACCACUGCGCCUAGGAAUUAACCACAUUAAUCCUGUUUAUAUUGAUGAUUUUAAGGAAUGUUUUAAAAUGCCCCAGUCACUAGGAGCAUUAGGUGGAAAACCAAAUAAUGCCUAUUAUUUCAUAGGCUUUUCAGGGGAUGAGCUCAUUUACUUGGACCCCCACACAACACAGACUUUUGUGGAUACAGAAGAGGCCGGCACUGUGCAGGAUGAAACUUACCACUGCCAAAAAAAUCCUAAUAGGAUGAAGAUUCUGAAUCUGGACCCCUCUGUGGCAUUAGGUUUUUUUUGCAAAGAAGAAGAAGAUUUUAAUAAUUGGUGUAUUACUGUAGAGAAGGAAAUAUUAAAGAAGCAAAGUUUACGGAUGUUUGAGCUUGCACCAAAGCACCCACCCCACUGGCCUCCAUUUAUACCGCCGACCAAGCCAGAGGUCUCCACGACAGGCGCAGAGCUUAUUGAAUCCACCGAUAAACUGUUUGAGGAGGAGGAGUUUGAGAUCCUGACCGUGUGAUGAGGUGUCAUUGAUUCACCACCAGAUCACUGAUACAAGCUUUGCUAGCCAGAAAGUGCCUCAAACACCGCGGAGAACAGAGCACAAUGUGUGGGCAUUGGAUUGAUGGCAGACGUACAGAAACCUCCAUGGAGACAAUUGUACCUGUUUCUUGCAUGUUCCUGUCUCUGGGAUCACAGAACAGGUUGUUUUAAGCCACACUCGGUGUGUCCAAGGAGAUGGCUGCCAGUACUUGUGCUAAAUGAAGUCGUUGCAGGCCAAUGUAUUCUACAGUAUAUCAGUGAUGACAAUGGUUGACUGUCUCUUUUGCAAUACCCUAAUCUAUAGCGUCUUAUGGGGAUUCGUAUGUAUUAUUUAACACUUCCAUGCUGGAAAAAUGUUUGUCAUUUUCUAGCAAGAAUUGUAACCAUUUAUUUGGGAUUUCUAUGUAUACUUUAUUGACCUGUUCCAUGGAGGGUGUUCUAUGUUAUGUCCUCCUUGGUAAUAAUGCAAUUGUAUGAGAGUGUGUUACGAUCCAGCCAGCAUUCUGUGUUAUAUUUUUAUGUUGCAGUGUCUGAAUGAUGUCUAAUAAUGAUGUUGGAUGUGUAAUGUUUUUUAUAGCUGCAGCAGUUUGUAAUAUUUACUGACAAUCACUUCUUACACUUGUGCCAAGUCACUUACACUUCUCCAUAGCAAUACUGUUCAUGAGUAUUUGUAAAAGGAACCAUCAAGUAUGCAACUACGGUAUGUGGAAUACACCUAAUGCCUUUGUUUUCUUUCACCUGUUCUGCCACAAGAGAAACACAUGUUAAGUAUUUUAUGUAAGUUAUGUAUGUUUACUUAAAAUGUUUCUGUCGCUUACACAAAGGAGAGAGAUGCUUUGGAGUUUGGUACUAAUGCAGAUUUAUAGGCUGCAUUAUCGAUGGAACGACCUGGGACUUGUCUAUUCCCUUUGCGUGUAUGUGGCAAAAACACGGUUAAAUGCUUGUCUUUUUCUGAUGGAACAUUGAUUAUUUAUUUACAUACAAUACAUUGGACGGUAGGAUUUUUCUUCCACACUUUUUAUAUUCUAUAGAUAGUUUUUUAAGCAUUAUGCUGGUAAGUUCUUGUGAUAAAGGUUGACUUGGUGGAAGCUGGAGAGGUAAGAAAGGCAGUGUUUUUUUAAAUUUCACUAUAUGAUAACUUUACCGCGCUCAGGUUUGGUUUAUAACGCAUGAAUAAAUUGCGUAUUAUUCACAAAUGUGUCUUACAUGUUGGAUGAGUUGCUCACAUUGUCUUUUAGUGAAUAUUAUAUGAGAGAAGUUUCACUGGUCCCAAGAAUAGCCAAAGAUCUUAUGGGAAAACCUUGGCAAUAGAAGGAAGUGGUUACUGACUGGGCAGGCGCCAACGCCGUUCACUCUCUUACAUGCAGAUGACAUUAGAUCAGACACCUUGGCCCAGAUAACAGUUACAUAGUCCGACCCUCACCUGAUACGAAUGGCAAUCUCCUAGAUAUGUAUUCGUUUACUUAGCGUAUUACACGGUGUGGUGUCAGACAGGCAGAGCCACACGAAUGAUCACUGAAUCAUUCAGAUUUAUUUUUUUCGUCGACCAUGUAUAUUACACAGGGCGAUGUGUGGAUGACAAUCAUUUUUAAACAUGCCAAAAGCGUGCGAUCAACUGAUAAAUGAAUGUUUGCUCAUUCGCUGGCUGAUCACUUGCCCUAUUACACAGGGCAAUUAUUGGCCUAUUCCGCCAUUAAUCAUCCUUUAUAAUAACGCCCUUAGAGGAUAUGUGCACAUGUGGCAGAUUUGCUGCAGAUUUUCCCAAUUUCAGUCUCGCCCCCACACAGACCAUGUAGAGCAGAAAACAGAGUCCCAUCAAUUGUAUUUUGUGUCCUCAGUAUGCCACCAUAUUACAAAAGUAUUUCUGCCCUAGGAGGUAUGGACUAUUCCUUAUGUACUGGAUCCAACUUAGACCUUCCCUGCAGCUGUAAUACUUGGCCAGGCGCCAAGCCCUGAAGGUAAAAGGAUAACUAAAGUUAUAUCCUACAACAAAGUACAAGUCUGUGUGUUUCUUAUAAGAGUGUAUUUCUUUUUCUAUACAGAAAGCCCUAAGAAUUCUUGUUCUUGCUGUCUAAAUUAUAUAUCC